AAUUAGAUUAAGUAGAAAUCAGUUUAUUCAAAAAAAGAGAGUAGAAAUCUACAGUUUCCUUUCGGCAGAACAUGCAAAGUAAAUCUAUCGAUAUCAACAUAUUUAACCAGAAAUAAAGAUCCUUUUUCUCUACUAGCAACAAACUUACCUAAAGUAUUGUAGUUGUACUAAAUUAAUUUCAUACUAUAUAACUCUCGUUUUCUCGUUUUUGCUGUCAAUCUUCUUCUAUCUUCGUUUUUCUAUAUUUCGCAAUAUUUAGAAAAAAAUCAUUUGUUGUGUAGAUGCCAAUUUAAGUGUUUUUUGCAGCUACAAAUGUUCUGCUUCUUUUGUAAUUUGUUUCUUGUUUUUUGUAUUUCAUUCUGGUUGUUUUGAGUUGUGAUCUUGAUCAGGCUUUAGAUACGAGGUUUCAACAAUGUCAUGAGUUUGAUUUAAGUCUGUCUGAAAAGACUAUAGAGGUUUGAGAUAGAGAAAUGUUGUCUGUGUCGCCAUCUAUGAUAGCUCGGAGCUCGAUGGAGGAAAUGCUGGAUUCUCUCCGGCGGAGAGAGGAAGUUGACAGGCCAAGAGACUUGCCGCCCAAGCUGCCGUCUCGGCCGGUCUCCAAGGCUCGCCGGCCUUCGUCUAAGCGCCCGCUGCCUAAUGAUUUCGAAAACUCCUCUGCUGCUCUCAGUUGUGUGAAAAAGGAUUCAAGAGGUGGCAGUUUUGAUGCCAAAAAGAAUGGAACAUUGGAGGAAGCAAGAAAACAGGUUCUGCUAGGCACACUUAAGGUGCAGAAAUGCUUUCGUUCUUAUCAGGAUCGUCGUUACUUCCUUGAGCUGAAACGAGGGGUGAUAUCGCUUCAAUCAUUUGUCCGUGCUGCAAAUGCUAGAAGGAAGUAUGAUUGUCUCAUUAAUCAAAGGGAACUGGUUGUUCAGAAAACAAAUGAGCAGGAAAGGAUUGUUCUACAAUUACAAGCAGUAAUACGUGGAUGGCUGGCUAGAAAACAGGCUAAGAUAUUGCAGAAUCUGGAAAAAUUGGAUCAAUGUAACCCAGGUUCUGUUCACAGUCCAAGUAGGAGGAAAUCUGAUGUCAAGGAGAUGCCACAAGUAAGCAAAAAGGCUCUGCCUUUAUCUGUGGAAGAGCUUCAAAAGAGGGUUUUGAAGGCAGAGAUGAACCUAGAGAAAAAAGAACAAGAAAAUGCAGCACUGCGAAAUCAAGUGCAGCAAUAUGAAGCUAGGUGGCUGGAAUAUGAAGGCAAAAUGAAAUUGAUGGAAGACAUGUGGCAAAAGCAGACAUCAUCGUUACAAAUGAGCCUGGCUGCAGUGAAAAGAAGUCUUUCUAAUAACACCUCCAAUCAGUCCAGGAGGCAAGAGGAUCUGACGGAGUUUGGAGCAGUACGGCAAUCUAAUGGCAAUGGCAAUCCAGUGUGCCACCUGAUGAAAGAGUUUGAGCAACGAAAACAUACUUUCAAUGAUGAAGUGAAAGCUAUUGUGGAGUCAGGGAACUCAGCUUAUGCAGACCCUGAUAAAGACCUUCGAAACCUGAAAAACAAAUUUGAAACAUGGAUGAAAGAUUACAAGGCUCGUUUACGGGAGGCCAAGGUGAAGCUUCAUAAAAUUGGAGUCUCAGAUGCUGAAGCAGGUCAUCGCAAAUGGUGGCGAGGGAUGAGUAAACGACGUUAGUACUGGAUUAGUUGUACCAUGAGAAAAUAUUGUUGUUGGUGCAGAUUGCAGAAAUUUAAUUAGUAGCAUCAACUAGAAAGGUGCUUCAAGCCAAAAAAAGAAAAGAACAAUAGUAUGAUGCAUCAUGCAAGAAAUGUGUUUAUUUUUUAUGUAUACAUCUGUUGUUUCUAGACUCUA